GGGGAGGAGGGGAGAACCGGGAGCGCACAGCCUGGACGCGUGCGCAGGCGUCAGGCGCAGAGACCGGCUAGCCCCUCAGCUAGCGGCCCCGCCCGCGCUUAGCAUCACUAACUGGGCUAUAUAACCUGAGCGCCCGCGAGGCCAGGACACGAGGAAUUCGCCCACGCAGGAGGCACGGCGUCCGGAGGCCCCAGGGUUAUGAGACUAUCACUGCUCAGGACCUACUAACAACAAAGGAAAUCGAAACAUGACCAAAUCGUACAGCGAGAGUGGGCUGAUGGGCGAGCCUCAGCCCCAAGGUCCUCCAAGCUGGACAGACGAGUGUCUCAGUUCUCAGGACGAGGAGCACGAGGCAGACAAGAAGGAGGACGACCUCGAAGCCGUGAACGCAGAGGAGGACUCACUGAGGAACGGGGGAGAGGAGGAGGACGAAGAUGAGGACCUGGAAGAGGAGGAAGAAGAGGAAGAGGAGGAUGACGAUCAAAAGCCCAAGAGACGCGGCCCCAAAAAGAAGAAGAUGACCAAGGCUCGCCUGGAGCGUUUUAAAUUGAGACGCAUGAAGGCUAACGCCCGGGAGCGGAACCGCAUGCACGGACUGAACGCGGCGCUAGACAACCUGCGCAAGGUGGUGCCUUGCUAUUCUAAGACGCAGAAGCUGUCCAAAAUCGAGACUCUGCGCUUGGCCAAGAACUACAUCUGGGCUCUGUCGGAGAUCCUGCGCUCAGGCAAAAGCCCAGACCUGGUCUCCUUCGUUCAGACGCUUUGCAAGGGCUUAUCCCAACCCACCACCAACCUGGUUGCGGGCUGCCUGCAACUCAAUCCUCGGACUUUUCUGCCUGAGCAGAACCAGGACAUGCCCCCGCACCUGCCGACGGCCAGCGCUUCCUUCCCUGUACACCCCUACUCCUACCAGUCGCCUGGGCUGCCCAGUCCGCCUUACGGUACCAUGGACAGCUCCCAUGUCUUCCACGUUAAGCCGCCGCCGCACGCCUACAGCGCAGCGCUGGAGCCCUUCUUUGAAAGCCCUCUGACUGAUUGCACCAGCCCUUCCUUUGAUGGACCCCUCAGCCCGCCGCUCAGCAUCAAUGGCAACUUCUCUUUCAAACACGAACCGUCCGCCGAGUUUGAGAAAAAUUAUGCCUUUACCAUGCACUAUCCUGCAGCGACCCUGGCAGGGGCCCAAAGCCACGGAUCAAUCUUCUCGGGCACCGCUGCCCCUCGCUGCGAGAUCCCCAUAGACAAUAUUAUGUCCUUCGAUAGCCAUUCACAUCAUGAGCGAGUCAUGAGUGCCCAGCUCAAUGCCAUCUUUCAUGAUUAGAGGCACGCCAGUUUCACCAUUUCCGGGAAACGAACCCACUGUGCUUACAGUGACUGUCGUGUUUACAAAAGGCAGCCCUUUGGGUACUACUGCUGCAAAGUGCAAAUACUCCAAGCUUCAAGUGAUAUAUGUAUUUAUUGUCAUUACUGCCUUUGGAAGAAACAGGGGAUCAAAGUUCCUGUUCACCUUAUGUAUUAUUUUCUAUAGCUCUUCUAUUUAAAAAAAAAAAAAUACAGUAAAGUUAAAAAAAUACACCACGAAUUUGGUGUAGCUGUAUUCAGAUCGUAUUAAUUAUCUGAUCGGGAUAACAAAAUCACAAGCAAUAAUUAGGAUCUAUGCAAUUUUUAAACUAGUAAUGGGCCAAUUAAAAUAUAUAUAAAUAUAUAUUUUUCAACCAGCAUUUUACUACUUGUUACCUUUCCCAUGCUGAAUUAUUUUAUUGUGAUUUUGUACAGAAUUUUUAAUGACUUUUUAUAAUGUGGAUUUCCUAUUUUAAAACCAUGCAGCUUCAUCAAUUUUUAUACAUAUCAGAAAAGUAGAAUUAUAUCUAAUUUAUACUAAAUAAUUUAACUAAUUUAAACCAGCAGAAAAGUGCUUAGAAAGUUAUUGUGUUGCCUUAGCACUUCUUUCCUCUCCAAUUGUAAAAAAAAAAAAAAAAUUGCACAAUUUGAGCAAUUCAUUUCACUUUAAAGUCUUUCCCUCUCCCUAAAAUAAAAACCAGAAUCACAAUUUUCAAGAGAAUAAAAAAUUAAGAGAUACAUUCCCUAUGAAAACAUAUCAAUUCAACACAUUACUUGCACAAGCUUGUAUAUACGUAUUAUAAAGAAAUGCGAACAUACCCUUCUUUAAAUCAAAAGCUGCUUGACUAUCACAUACCAUUUGCACUGUUACUUUUUAGUCUUUUACUCCUUUGCAUUCCAUGAUUUUACAGAGAAUCUGAAGCUAUUGAUGUUUCCAGAAAAUAUAAAUGCAUGAUUUUAUACAUAGUCACAAAAAUGGUGGUUUGUCAUAUAUUCAUGUAAUAAAUCUGAGCCUAAAUCUAAUCAGGUUGUUAAUGUUGGGAUUUAUAUCUAUUGUAGUCAAUUAGUACAGUAGCUUAAAUAAAUUCAAACCAUUUAAUUCAUAAUUAGAACAAUAGCUAUUGCAUGUAAAAUGCAGUCCAGAAUAAGUGCUGUUUGAGAUGUGAUGCUGGUACCACUGGAAUCGAUCUGUACUGUAAUUUUGUUUGUAAUCCUGUAUAUUAUGGUGUAAUGCACAAUUUAGAAAACAUUCAUCCAGUUGCAAUAAAAUAGUAUUGAAAGUGA